UUCCCAUUUAUCUUUUUUAUUUUUUUAUUUUUACAAAAAGCCGCAGAGGCCACUAUGGAAAGACUGUAUAGUGUGGCAUACCACCCGCUCUUACUUCAAGCACAGUUCAACAGCGGCUGUGCGUGUUGCAGCACCUCCUGGAAGAUCCCCUAUUGGCUCUUUCUCGGGGUAUGCGCUUGUUUUGACAACUCAUUUGAUUGUUGGAUAUGGUUUGAGAGGACGACACGGACUGCAGGUUAAACCGUAGAAUUCGUAACAGUUUCUGCAUUUUGCAACCUAUGCAAACCGGAUUAAUUUUGGUAGGCUAAACAUAGGAAUUUAGUUUAUAAACGCGCGUUCCUUAAAAACAAGGGGGGAUUGACUGGAUUGAAAUGACCAUGUCGGAGGAGAAGAAUUCGGGGUCUCGGGGGAAAGAGGAAGAGAGCGAGGAUGAGAGUGAAAUCUUGGAAGAAAGCCCUUGCGGUCGCUGGCAGAAGCGAAAGGAACAGGUGAGUCAGGGGAAUGUCCCGGGCAUCGAGACUGCCUCACUGGCCAUGGACACAGAGGAGGGAGUGGAGGUGGUGUGGAACGAAGUGCAGUUCUCCGAUAAGAAGGUCUUCAAAUCUCACGAGGAUCGAAUGAGGGAGAUGUUUGAGAGCCUGAUGCAUGUAGAUCACCCCAACAUUGUCAAGUUCCAUAAGUACUGGCUGGACACCAGGGAGAGUCGGGCGAGGGUGAUCUUCAUCACAGAGUACAUGUCAUCAGGCAGUCUCAAGCAGUUCUUAAAGAAAACAAAGAAAAACCACAAGACCAUGAAUGUCAAGGCAUGGAAGCGAUGGUGCACUCAGAUUCUGUCAGCUCUGAGUUAUCUGCAUUCCUGCCACCCGCCCAUAGUCCAUGGUAACUUGACGUGUGACACCAUCUUUAUCCAGCACAACGGACUCAUCAAGAUCGGCUCGGUGUGGCAUAGGCUGUUUGUCAAUGUUUUCCCAGAGGCGAUCUACGGAAAUGUGCAGCAUCAUCGGGAUGAUGAAACGAACCAGCACUAUUUUGCUCCUGAAUACGGCUUGGCUGAGGAUGUUUGCUCUAUUGACAUCUUCGCCUUUGGCAUAUGUACCCUGGAGAUGGCAGUGUUGGAGAUCCAGGCCAACGGGGACACUGUGGUAUCCAAAGAGGCUAUAACCAGCGCCGCCCAGUCUUUAGAGGACCCACUCAUAAAGGAGUUCACCCAGUCGUGUGUACGCAUGGAUGCCAAGAAGAGACCCACUGCCCAUGACCUGCUGUUUCACAGGGUCCUGUUUGAGGUGCACUCUCUUAAGCUGCUGGCUGCCCACUGCUUUAUCAACUAUCAGUAUCAGCUUCAUGAUAACUGCCUUGAAGAGAAGACCAGAACUUUCGACCCCAGUGGUGUGAUGGCUGAGAUCAAGCAUGGGGACCGGCCCGGGGUGGAGAUCAAGUACUCGAAUGUUUCGCCGCUAGAACUGGACAAAUUUCUGGAGGACGUAAAGAAUGGGAUCUAUCCCUUGAUGAACUUCCAGCGGGGCCUCACCAUGCCCCGGACCUUGUCCAUCUUCCAGGAGCGCAUGGAGACAGUGAAUACUCCCAGCCCGGAGCCCCAGGAGAUGGAGACCAGAAAGGUUGUCCAAAUGCAUUGUAACUUGGAGUUCACUGAGGAAGGCACCAGAAGUCAUCUCUCUCUCCUCCUGAAGAUGGACGACAAGCUCCAACGGCAGCUGAACUGUGACGUUCUGCCUACUGACAGCUCCAAAGACCUGGCUAGUGAGCUGGUUCACUUCGCCUUCAUCAGUGAGGAGGACUGUGAGAAGCUGGCGGGCUUUCUGGAAGACGCCCUGUGUAAGCAUUGGGCCGGGCCGCCAUUGGAGGAGUCUUCCCUGGCAUAGGGAUGAUGUGCCGACACAUGCUGCUGACCCAAGGGGGAUCUGGACCCUGGGAAAA